AUGGACAUUAGAGAAAAAACAAGAAAUCUUAGAGAGGCAAUUAAGCAGAGGCUAUCUAAAGGGAUUGAAGAGAUACCUAGUGAUACGUCAAGCGAUCUUAAUUUGUUGGCAUCACCAGAAAGUCCAGUUAUCAAAUCUCCGAAACUUCCUCUAAAUACACUGACAGAUAAUUAAAGAAAUUGAAGAAAAUGAUAAUUUAUACCCAGAAAGUCAAGUUAUCUUAGAAGAAGAGACAGAAGACAACCUUGAAGUACAAUCAAAAGACGAACAAGACCAAGAAUUGAGGAAAGAAUUAGAGGAAGAAUUCAAAAAUGAAUUAAAAUUAGAAUCGAGACAAAUAUCAAAACAGGUAUCAAACCAAGGUCUAAACCAUGAGCCCCUUCCAAAGAACCACCCUCUAAGCCCACCUAAACAGCACGCCCAAGCCCCAUCCCCACCUAACCCCAAACUCUCCCUUGCUCAAGAGGACAUUCUUCACCAAAAAAUUCUGAAAAAUGAAGAGAUUAAAAGAGAUAAUAGCAAAGAAAUUGAAAGGUUAGAAAAGGAAAUCGCAAGGUUAGAGAUAAGGACGGAGUUAAAGGAGAAAGGAAUUUGAGAAUUUCAGGAGAGAGAGUCGAAGUUAGACAUUUUGGAACAGAAACAUAGGGAAUUCAAAUUUGGAUUAAGAGAGUGUGUCUUAAGUUUGAAAUCUUUGCAAAAGAAAUCUCAAAAAAUUCAAAAGAAGAAGCAUAAACUUUCAAAAAUUCACAAACUUCUUAUCCAAUUAAUCCCUCAGCUCACCUCUGAAUCAACCCUUUAAAACAAUAUCUAAUCCAACUUCCCGAAUCCAAAA